GGUGACCCUCCUUUGCGGGUCAGGGUCUGCGCCCGUCUGCCUGCCCGUGCCGCGGGUGACGGGCCGGCAGCCUGGAGGCCUCAGGAGUGCCGGUGGCCUGCGUUGUUCCCGUAGCUGGGCGGGGCAGGGCCAGGGCCAGGCGGGGACAGCGGCGGCCGGUGAGGCCUGAGGGGCCGGCAGCGCCGUUCUCCAUCUGUGGGACGAUGGUGUCUUCAUGAAUAACUUAAAUGAUCCUCCCAACUGGAACAUCCUUCCGCAUCACAGAGAGCCCAGGGAUGAAGGCAGCAGGUGGAAUUAUGCCUUGCUGGUCCCCAUGCUGGGCUUGGCUGCCUUCCGCUGGAUCUGGACCAGAGAAUGUCAAAAAGAAAUAGAAAGAGAAAAAAAAGAAUAUUAUACAAAGCAGUCAUCCUUACAAAAAGACCUGGAAUCCAAGUACAGGGAUAUAAUCACAGAAAAUCGUCGUGCAGUUGCACACUUGGAGCUGGAGCUUGAAAAGGAACGCAACAGGACCCUGAGUUACCGCGAAGCCCUCGUGUCCCAGAGUCGCAAACUAGUGGAAGAGAGAAGGAUCCUGGAACAGGAGCAAGAGAAGUUAGAGAGAGAAAAAGAAGUUCUUCUGCGCUCGGGAGCAGCAGGUACCCUGUACCAAAGCUGUCUGGCAAAGGAAGAGGAGUGGCAGAAGAGAGCCAACACUUUACUAAAAGAAUUCGAAGACGGGCUGAAAGAAAGACAGGAAAUCUACUGCAGUUUUGUAGUACCUAAAAGUCAGAGACUAGAAAUAGAGAAAAAUCUGCUAGUUAAAGCGGCAACUGAUCCUAUUGCUAUGGCUUUACAUAUGGAAAGUGGCUUAAAAGAUAUUUUCAAACAUGAUAACUAUUGUGGCAAUCUGAUGAACAAAAACAGAAGUCAAAACGGAAGACUUAUGUGGCUAUAUUUGAGAUACUGGGAACUAGCUAUUGAAUUACAGAAGUUCAAGAGGGUAGAAAAUGUAAUGUUAGGAAAACGAUAGGGGAAGUAAUGGUGAUUUAUGCAAUCUACCAUGAAGAAUAGGGACAACCACAGCUGUAGUCUGAAGCUGCUAAAUUCUCUUCCUGCAUUUCAAUUUCUGCUCUUCAUUGCAUUCGUAUCUGCAUGGGACGUGCAGCGUUGUUUAACAACAGAUGCUCCAGUGAGCUGUGCAUGCUCUAAAACUGCGUGUUUGCAUAUCUCUGUAUUACACUGCAGUCUGUAGUACAAGCUUCAGUAGGAAUCAGAAGCAGCAAAACAAUUCGAUUUAGAGUCAUUUUCCCAGCUGAAGGUCAUAGUCCAUCAAGAGAAGUGCAAUUUUUCUCCCUUAAGUGGAUGAUCACAUCAUGCUCCGUAUCCCUGAUGUUCUGCAUGGUGUCUCAACGCUGUCUUUCUCUUUUCAGCAGAACUUUGGAAGAAACCAUGAUUGAGUAAGGUGCUUGUUAUAUAACAUGUGUGCGUGCAUACAUACAUUUAUAUAAAUAUAUAUGUAUGUUUGUGUACAUAUAUAUUAGAAGGGAAUAGUAUGAUUAUGUUUCAUAUUAACCAGUCUUGCAUUGUCUUCCAGACUUAAAAUACAAAUAGGACUUUAUGAACAAAACAUCCAAAAGAUGGUAAUUAAAGUAACAUGUAAAGAAACUGAUUAAAGUCACGUUGGAGUUGGGGAGACAUGCUUGAAUAUUAAAUAGUAUACAGACUUGCAGUUAUAUUCUCACCAUACAUUACUAAUGUUAAAAAUACUUACGUUUUUCUCUCAGUGAAAGUUUUAGUUGUAACCCAACAGUGUGCCUCCACUAUAGACAUUACUGUACUGCUGCCUCUGCAUCCCAGUACACUUGGUACAUCUUUAGCUUCCAGGAACCACAACAGUCAUUGCACCUGCCUCUACUGCUUGUACAGGCUCUGUUUGUUCUCAGAUAGGAGCCUAAAUGCAGCCUGGGCACUGGUAGCCACCCUUCCCCUUUCCAUCUGUCUCUGUGCUCCCAGACCUGAAGUGCACUUUUCCACAGCUCUUAAAUUUUGAGUUUACAGUUCACCCUUUCAUAUCCACAUGGCUGUGAAAGCCUUCAGAUGUACAAGCUUUGUAAGAUUUAAAAAGAGGGCAUUUUACUUUUAUUACCACAAUAAAUGGAUCCAGAUUAAAUAAUAAUAACAAAACAUGGCAUUUCCGUGCUUGAAAUGCCUUAAAACUUUGUUCUUUGGCCAACGGAGAAAAUAGGAGCCAGCUUCAGUUUUAAAAGCCCCAUGUAUGUCGGAGUGUACUUCUUUUUUUCCUUCUCCUUUCUAAUCCAGUAUUAGAGCCCAAAAGGGAAGCAUUUACCCUUUUGUUUAUAAUGUCGAUCUCUGUUACUUGACUUGUGUUGUUAGGCUGUUGGUUCUUUAGCUAGCAUUUCUUUAUUAACCGCGGAAUGUUCGCUCUAGGCGAUUAGCUGUUGCAUAGCCCAAAAACAAUCCAGCUCAGUGGAUGCCCAUCCAAGUUUUAACAGAGACCUCCAGCAGAUGCAGAGUUUUCUCUUACUACUGCUUCUCGGUUUCAUUUUAGUCAGGAACACAAGACAGAAGAUAAAUCUUCUGAAGUAAUGUAUACAGCCUAUUUCAGUUACUAAGCAAAAAGAACAUGGAGCAAAAUUCUUAAGCACGUUUGUUUCCCAAAUAUUCUGUUUUCCAUCUGUGUUUUUGCUCACCUUUGUGGUGUAAAUCAUAUUGUUGUAUUGAUGUAUGAGCUUCUUAUGGGCUGUUCUUUUUUUAUUUUAUUUUUAAAUAAAGUUUAAAUGAUUAAUCAAGGGGAAAAAAAGACAUACCAUCACAGUCGUCAUUAUCUGGAUGCCAACCAAGCUUUUGCAGAUUGCACCAUGAGAAUGUGAGUUAGUACUCUUGCGUGACAACCCUAGCCAAGCUGUUGGAGCUGACCACAUGUACAUGCCCUAAGUGCCCAGCAGAACGGAUUUGUUUAAACAAUUUAACUUCUGUAUAAUUCCUUCAGGGUGUGAAAAAUGUGACCACACAGCUGUCGUGUGUUUCAUAUGUACAUCCAAGCAGUUACAGCAACACAGCUGGCAAACAGUAGACAGUGAAUCGAUGCCAAUACAUUCAAGACUCACAUCUUGUAGUGAGUAUUAAGUAGUUCUUAAUAUUAAAAGUUGAAAUGCUAUGCUUUUUCAGUUUUUUCAUAGUUUACGUCCUUGACAUCAACUCAGAAUUUUUAAAGAAAAUGAAAUCAAGAGCAUAAAAUACUUUUUUUCAGUAUAAACGAAUGAGCUGAAAUGUCAUAUGUCUGAUCUUACAUGGUUGGAUGCAAUGUAAUGUUGGAUAUUCAUUCUCACUUCUUUAGAAGUAUCAGCUAUUUGUACAAUUGAGUGUGGAACUAUUGUUCAUGGACGAUUGCAGAUCAGUGUGUUAAGAGUGUAUUAAGAUCAGGGUGUUUAUUUCAGGAAGAUUUUUUGAAGAGUGUAACUGGUUUAGAAGUACCAGACCUAUUAUUUUCUACCAAAACUCACGUUUCUUAGUGUGUUGUGUAUUUUUGAAACAUUCCCCCUUCGUAAAUUGUUAUAUUGAAAAAUCUAUCAUGAACUUUACCUUGCCCAGCAACUGUUGUUCUGGAUUGGUGAUUUGUUUGAAAAUGCCCAUAUAUAUUUAUGUAGAAAGAAAGAAUAAUUUGUUUUCAAAUAUGUAAUGGUGUUUUUUUUUUAAUAUUAUGAAAGUACUCACCACUCGUGUUAAACAAGCAAACCACAAUAAUGAAUAAUAGAAAUCCUGA